UAUUAUGAAGGAAAUCGUUGCACCUCACGACAGCAAGUGCUUCCAGGACUGCGUGUACCGGGACCGCCGUCUACAGAACUGCUUAGAGACGUUUACGGCAGGAUGCAACGUUACCACAGAAGUGGUUUGUGGUCAUCAGUCCGUUCGGCUGGAGGGACAUGAGGAUCAGUGUGCCGGGCGGGUGGAGGUAUGGAAGGACGGGAACUGGGGCACGGUGUGUGACGACAGAUGGGACCUGAGAGAAGCCAAGGUGGUUUGCGCCCAGCUGGGCUGUGGGACCGCUCUCAGGGUGACGGGUCAGAAUGGAUUGUUCCCUCCAGGGAGCGGACCGAUUCACCUAGACGAGCUGAACUGCACUGGGAACGAGCAGAACCUGUGGUUCUGUCCGGGUGUCCAGGAAAACUCCGACUGCGGACACAAAGAGGACGCUGGUGUGGUGUGUUCAGAAUCUAAGGCGUUGUUUAGAAUAACUACACCAGCUCCAGCUCCUCCAUCAGCCGUUUAUUCUCCAGAAUAUAUCGCCAUCAUAUUGCUGUCCAUUCUAGAGUUUCUUUUUGCCAUCCUCAACAUUUUUCUCUGCUGCCGUUACUUCAAAUGGCACCAUGAGCGAGGUGAGAAGAAGAGAGCAGACGCUGGUGUGAAGAACCAGGUGACUGUGAGUGUGUAGAAUCCUGAAGAUGGACCAAAGCUUGAAGAAGCACAGACUCCAACAUCCUGAUUAUUGGUUUAGAAAACAAGUAAUAAAAGGAAUGUAUAUUAAUAAACACUGUAAAAAAUG